GGAGGAGCUCGAACGAUGCGUCAGUUAAGUAAUGGCUCCCGUGUUGAUCGCGUCGCUGCCUCGUUCUCUCGCAACCUGUGUUAGAUAUGGUCAGGGGAAAAGUAAAAUAUGCUGGAGUCUGAGCAGCAGGCCCAUCGGUGCCCUGGGCAUCCGUUACAAGUCAACGCCGGCAGCGGCCUCGUUGGUGAACGAGAACGCUGCCGUGGACACAGCCUCUCAAGAUGACAAAGAUAAGGACCCCCUCGACCUGACCUUCUGUGAUUACCGAAACGCCUUUAAGAGCAAGACGAAUUUCGAAUUGUUUCGAGCGCUGUUUGUCUUCCACUUGUGCAGCAUACAGCCCCUGGUCGAUAACAAUGCGAAGCUGAUGAAACUGGGCCAGAAGGUGCUGGGGAAGCGCCUGUUCGCCGCCCUCAUGAAGGCCACCUUCUACGGCCACUUCGUCGCCGGCGAGGACCAGAUCAAGAUCCAACCGACGCUGGAGAGGCUCAGGUCCUUCGGCGUCAAGAGCAUUCUCGAUUACUCGGUGGAGGAGGACAUUAGCUCCGAAGACGCCGAGGAGCGAGAGAUGGAGUCCUGCCGCUCGACGCGCUGGAGGAAGCGGCCGCCCCGGAAGACCCGCUCGCCCAGAUGGUAUUAUUGAAUGGCAGCUGUUCCCCCGUCUUCUCGUUGUGUCCCAGAGUUGUGUGGCUAUUUAACGUUAGCUCUUAUGUUCCCUGACACCGCGGCUGUACAAAAUAAUGAGACUAACUUUGGCCGGCCUGGUGCGCGGACUUUGAUGUAAGCACAACCACUUAGGUGUAGUCGGCCCCAAACCAGUAGACCUGUAACCUCUGUGGGCGGAAGGCCUCCACUUUAAUGGCGCUUGGUGCUUUAAAAGCUACUUAGUUACAUCUCACCGCUAAGUCGAGUUUCAUUCUUUCCUGAUAGAAUUCAUCUUACGUGCUCGACCCACACGAGUUACCUAAUUAUUAUUUUUUAGUAGAGGGUCAAAUUCAGAUCCCGGAAAUCAAAAUUUAUGAAGCAACGAAGCAUCAGAUAUCUCCCAUUUGAUCUUAAUGUAGAUGCAAACAAAAUGCAGAGCCAACAGUUUACGUUUCCCGCGACAGCUGUGUUUCGGAAAACGCCGUUGGGCACUGUUGGCAAACCAGUCCAUUGAGAAAAUAGUUGAAAGUGCGCCACGGGAGAGCAGGAGGCGUGCCAGUACUCACGGAGGAAUGAGAGAAAAAAGAGAAUCGGUCUCCUUAUUUUGUAAAGCCACCCACUUUUCGUGAUGGCGUGGCCCUCUAAUGCAGCCAACAUUUGAGUGCCGGUGUUUGUGGUGACUUCCUUGCAGAGCCCCCCCGCCGCGCCCCCCGCCGUGCCCCCCGCCGUCUGUGCUGUCUGGCAACCUGUCGCCGCUUUGUUCCAUUUCUAAUACUGGAUUUGUUACUAUUAACUUCGUUUAUUAAACCCAUGUGAUGAGGGGAAUUUUGGUGCUGUUAAACUGCCCUUCAGCAGGUCAAAGGCAGGCCAAAUGUGAGGGAAGGUCUGAAUAAUGACCUUGUGACAUAUGAGCCAGUGUUUGUGUUUGCUGGAGUCACAGAGUAGGUAGGUUACACGGGGGAAAAAGACAAACAGAUAGACUGUUAUUUCUAAGAGCCAAUACACAUUUUGUCAGAAGUUUGGUGAAUUCAGUACUAUGUUUAUACAAGUGUUAUUUCAGGUACAUGGUAUUAGAAAUCAAAGAAGUAUCAACUUUUACCAACUCCCAAAUGACUGGAUAAGUUGUGUUGGGUUAAAACAUUUUUCGUCAGAUUUCAUUACUAUUACUACAGACAACGCAGUUACGAAGCUUGAUGAUAUAAAUCAUUUAUUUUGUUAUUUUUUUCUCGCCAGUCAUUCUUAAUCUUUAUAUUAACCAACGCAUCUAUCAGACGAAGCUUUUUUUUUCUUGUAGAGUAAACAACGCUAGGCAGCCUUUGCAUUACUGAAACUCUGUCUCUCUUUCUCUCUGUCUCUGUCUCUCUCUGUCUCUCUCUGUCUCUCUCUGUCUCUCUCUGUCUCUCUCUGUCUC